AUGGUAUAUAUAGGGGAUUCCGUUUCUAUCAUCCGGCCUACAGGAGACCCUGUGUGGGUGUUUUUAUUGUACUCCGUGGACUGAAAGUCAAAGUUCAGACAAUCUGUUUUUACAGUUUAUAUUUUGUUAUCGUGAACACGGGAAGUGAAGAAUCUCGUCGCAUGUUUUUGACAUGCGAAAAUUGAAGGCUCUCUUCCGUUGGAGCUGGCUUCAAGUCAGACGUUACAGCCCCUAAAAUUAAUCUUACGUGAUGUCAAGGGGUUAAGCAUUUACUUUGCACUACUAUUAGAAGUUGUUGUUAACAGAAUGUCAGGAAGCCACUCAAGCUCUGAUGACAGCAGCGAUUCCAGGAAAAGACCCCGGGAGAAAGAUAUGGACCCAGAUACCAGUCCGAAACGUCCAAACUGUGGUAAGUUUUUCAAACUUGUUUUCUAUAUGUCAAUUCAUGUUUAUGAUCGGUAAAAACUAUGUUUCAUAUUAAAGAGGAUAAUGUCCAGCUGAAAAUCUUGGUUCCAUCAAUUGCUGCUGGAGCAGUCAUUGGGAAGUCUGGCGAGGCCAUCGGCCGGAUUCAAAAGGAUACUAAUACAAAGGUCAAAAUAUCAAAACAAGAUGAAUUUUAUCCUGGUACAACAGAACGUGUUUGCCUAAUUAUUGGAUCGUUCGAUGGUGUCAUUACUGUACAUAAUUAUAUAAUGGAUCGAAUCAUGGAAAAACCUGAUCCUAAUCCAAAUACAACUGGAGAAGGCAGACUGAAUGUUGAACGUCAUAAGCAGGUGAAAAUUCUUGUACCGAAUAGUACAGCUGGUAUGGUUAUAGGGAAAGGUGGAUCAUAUAUUCAAGAGAUCAAAGAGAAAACUGGUGCAUAUGUGCAAAUUUCACAAAAAUCUCGUGAAUUCAAUCUCUUAGAACGAUGCAUUGUUGUUGCCGGUGAAUUAGAUCAAGCACGCGCUGCUGUUCAUUUAAUUUUAAAUGUUAUUGCUACAGAUCCACAAUCAGCUAGUUGUCCAAAUCUUUCGUAUCAUGAUAUUCAAGGACCAGUAGCUAGUGUUUAUCCAACUGGUUCACCAUAUGCAACACCGAUUAUUCCUUAUUUAACAGGUUCGACUAUUUUAUCUAAUCCAUCAAUUGAUACAAAUUCUUCUGCUACAGCAGCAGCGGCCGCUGCCGCUGCAGCGGCAACUAUGAUGGCAGCAGCUGUAGCAUUUACACCUGGUCCAUCGUCACAACCAACCACAUCAUCAUUUAUUUCUUCACCAGGUGGUGGUACUACAUUUGGAUUUUUUCCACCGAAUUUUCAAUCAACACCAGAUAUUGCAACAAUUGCAGCGUUAACAUCAAAUCCUACAGCUACUGGUGGAUCAAUCGUUUUGCCGUCUAUACUGCCUAACACUGGUAAUGAUAGAACUCUAUGUAGUAAUUUUUCAGGAGAUUUAUUUUCACAAACUGUUAGUGUGGGUGGUAGUAGUUCACCAUGGUCAAAUAUUUCAGGACGAACUGGAUUCGAUGUAAUAGUGCCUGAUCUUAAUGCUGCUUCUGCAUUAACAACAGUAUCAGUUGCACAGGAAGCUUUAACUGGAUCUUUUAUAUCACCUAAACCACAAGAUUCUCAGUCAAGUCGUUCUGCAUUAUCGCCUCCAGUAUACUUUCCUUCAUCUUCAUUUAUUCCAGCACCACUUCGAAUGUCUCCUACAGCUUUAUUUGGUUAUCCAACAAUUGGUUAUGGAAAUCCUCCACCUGUACAACAUAGUCAUUUAACACCAACUAGAGCUGCUCUUUCCGCUGCGAUUACAGUAUCAGGUGUACCAACUGUAACAAAUACAAUUACAACAAAUGUAACAAUUAAUUGUACAAAAUCUUUACCAAUUCUUUCAAAUCCUAAUCCACUUGGAACUGGUUCAACUGGUGCUUUAUUUAAUUUAUUACCUUGUUCUCAGUUAUCAUCAUUUAAUGUUACACCAAUUGUACCACAUGUAGUUGUAUCGAAUGAUUCAAUUACAAUGUCAAUACCUAAUUUAUCAUCAAAUCCAUUUUUAUUAUCACUUACAGAAGGUGAUGUAAAUCAACCUAAUAUACAACAACAAUCAUCUUUAGCUCCAAGUAUAAAUUCAUCGGCACAAGUUACCGCUUUACCAUCUUCAUCAACAUUAAUUGGAUUUCAUGGAUUACAAUAUAAUUCAGGAUCAAAUAUCAUUACACCUAUGGGAAAUUAUGUUGCAUACAGACGUAUUAUAUCUGUUCCAGAAAGUGUGAUCAAUAUAAUCCUUGGUCAUCAAGGUCGAUCUAUUAUGGAUUUACAAUUAUUUACUGGUACUGCUAUACAAAUAUCUCAGAAAAGCACUUAUUUAUCUGGUACACAAUAUCGUACUGUCACAAUAAUUGGACCACAAGUCAAUGUACAAUCAGCAGCUGAUGUAAUUGAGCAUAUAGCAGUUAUUGAGCAUAUGAAACGAGAAUCUGGUUCAUAUCAACAACAUUCAUUAUCGUUAUCACUUCCUGGUAAUGGUAGUAGUACUAGUACUGUUGGGCGUCCAUGUAGUGUUAGUGGUGGUCAACUAAAUUCGGAUUAUUUUAUACAAUCUGGAAUAUCACAUCCAUUCACAUCAUCGACAUCAUUUUCAUCAUCUUGCAUUAAAGGAAAUUAUCCAGAAUGUCAGUCAACAUGUUCAGCAUCGAAUAGUGGUAUAUCAUGUCCGAUAAGUAUGAUUAGCUCACUUCCUUUGACUACUUGUAUAACUACUGUUAAUACUGCCAAUGGUACUAGUGGUAGUAAUAUUAUUAUUACUGGUUUGUCUUUUCCGUCAUCGUCUUGUGAUACUGCUGCUUCUGCUUCAAGAAGAUCUGGAGGAGGGAGUGCUGGUGUUAGUGGUUCUGGCGAUUCACUGUCUUUUCAAAGUUCAAUCGACUCAGUAUCUAUGCCUGUAACUAAACGUGAUGAAACAAAGUAGUUUAUUAAUAAUAAUACUAUCGAAUCAUUAGAAUUUAACAAAAUAGUUCUAUCACGAUUAACACUACUUAUAAUCGUAGCGGUAGUAGUAGUAAUUACUGUUGUAGAGUAUUAGAAGUAGUGUUUUUUUUGUUGAAAGAAUAACAGUUAACACCGGUGGAAUGUUAAUAACAUAAAGCUAGACGAUCCGAAUUGAAUUGAUAAACUAAAUCACACACACACACACACAAUUUAUAUGAUUUCAGCUUUACACUCUAUUCGUCUUUCAAUGAACACAAAAAGAAAACCACUUGAUUUUGUUUGUUUAUCUAUUUAUUUAUGUAGUAAACUUAUUUUUGUGUUUUACUUUUUUGUGUGUGCAUAUAUAUGUGUGUAUUAUGUAAUAAUGAUAGUGAUGGACAAUUUUAUUGAUUUUAACUCUAUAUAAUUUGGUGUCAUUUUGAUUAUUUAAUGCCUUCGGUUUCUUCACUCCGCCCCCUUCGUUCAUAGUCUCUCUCUCUCUCUCUCUCUCUCUCUC